GAUUUAUAGAGGUAUGGAGUUGGCCCGCAAGAUGAUGCGAUUCCGUUUGGCACAUUGGACACACCGGUCGAGGAUGGUGGCUCCCACGGCGCUUAUUCCUGUGGCAAAUGGAAGUGAAGAGAUCGAAACUGUGAGCUUGCAAGAUGUUCUCGUUCGCGGCGGAGUCCAGGUGACCUUGGCUGCUGUGGGUGGCGAUGAACACAAUGUCGUCAAAAUGUCUCGAGGACUGCACAUUAAGGCUGACGUGGCAAUUGGGGAAUGUACGGACCUCGACUUCGAUCUGAUCGUUCUCCCAGGGGGUAUGCCUGGAGCUGCGCACUUGCGAGACUGCCCCGACCUGAUUGACAUGCUACGUCACCAAAAAAGGAUGGGCAAGUGGUAUGGCGCCAUCUGUGCGGCACCGGCCGUGGUCCUCCAUCACCACGAGUUGCUCCCCACAGGACCUGUGACAUCAUAUCCCUCGUUUGAAGGCAAGAUGCCCGGCGCCGAGUACUCGUCGGACCGGGUGGUUGUGACAUCAAACUGCGUCACAAGUCGAGGACCUGCAACUGCCAUGGAAAUGGGCGUGACAUUGGUGCAAUUGCUCUGCGGCAAUGAAAUUGCUGCCGCCGUCGCGGGUGGCUUGCUCUGGAACGAACCCAAGGACGCUUCUCAAUGAUUGCGACCGUGCUUUGUAUCUCUCCGAUGCUCUCAAAUAUUUCUGGUUGUUUUUGCGACUUACGAGUCCACUAGCAUCGUUCGCAAUGCGAGCAUGCAAGAUACAUUCAAUCCAUGUCAAGUUUAUGGUGAUGGAUGC